AUGGGUGACUUUGUCACGGAGGCUUUCACACUCUUGGCAGUGGCCAUUGUGAUCAUUGCUCUCCGCACUAUAGCUCGAUGGAUCAUGGUAGGACCGAGGAACUUCCAGGCAGACGAUUAUCUGAUGCUAUUGGCUUGUGUGGUAUACGGGCUGGAAACCGGCGCUGCAUACAUGGUGGGGGCAUGGUUCAAAGGCCUUGCCAACAAUGCCAUGACAGAUGAACAACGCAAGCAACUGUCUACCCACUCCGAGGAAUAUCGUCUACGCGUGGGAGGCUCAAAGGUCCAGGUGACCGGCUGGUCUCUGUAUACUUUGCUUUUAUGGCUUUUGAAGACUUGCAUGGCCAUCUUCUACUCUCGUUUGACAGCGGGCUUGAUCAACAUGCGAGUUCGAAUCCACAUCGCAUACGGCUUGAUCGCCGCUACUUACAUUGCUACCAUUUGUUCCAUUCUCUUUGGUUGUUAUCCGAUGCACAAGAACUGGCAGAUCUAUCCGGACCCUGGAAAUAUCUGUCAACCUGCCGUUUCAAAGAUCGACAUCUACGUUACAGUUGUGCUGAACGUUGCGACCGAUCUCUACCUCAUUAGUAUCCCUGCUCCGAUGCUCUUCAAGGCUCGUCUUCACUGGCGCGAAAAGCUUGAGCUCCUUGUUCUUUUCAGCGGCGGUCUUUUCGUCAUGAUGGCUGGUAUUCUACGCUGCGUCUUGAUUGUGACAGCUGGUGCAAAUGGUGCCGAACAAGCCGGCAGUUGGGCCUGUCGAGAAACCUUCGUCGCUGUGGUCAUCGGCAAUAUCCCAAUGAUCUACCCGCUCUUCCGUCGUUUUGCUCGUCGUGCAGGUCUCUAUCUUACCUCGAGAGGCGGUGGUUCUGAGAGCUAUCCAGCCUACCAACUAUCAGAUGGCGAUGCCAGUGGGUACGCGAGGCGCAAGAAGUUCCGCCAUCCACUCUCCAUCCCAGGUGAUACGCAGUGGAAUACUAUUAGUGAUGAGCAGAUGAUACUGCCAACCUCCCGCCAGCAACCACCUACAUGCACUGCCGGCGAGGGGGACUGGGAUGCGACCAGCCACACUAGUCAUGGUGGAGGCAUCAAAGUGAUCCAUGAAACGAUUGUUCACAGUGCUGAGAAAGACUCUCGGAUAUAG